CCCGAAGGCAAUCAGGAGCUGGGUGGGGACCAUGGCCGGGAUCACCACCAUCAAGGCGGUGAAGCGCAAGAUCCAGGUUCUGCAGCAGCAGGCCGAUGAUGCAGAGGAAAGGGCCGAGCGCCUGCAGCGGGAAGUGGAGGGGGAAAGGCGGGCCCGAGAACAGGCUGAGGCUGAGGUGGCCUCCUUGAACCGUAGGAUCCAGCUGGUUGAAGAGGAGCUGGACCGAGCUCAAGAGCGCCUGGCCACUGCCCUGCAAAAGCUGGAGGAAGCUGAGAAAGCUGCUGAUGAGAGCGAGAGAGGUAUGAAGGUUAUUGAAAACCGAGCCUUAAAAGAUGAAGAAAAAAUGGAACUCCAGGAAAUCCAACUCAAAGAAACUAAGCACAUUGCAGAAGAGGCAGACCUGAAGUAUGAAGAGGUGGCUCGUAAGUUGGUGAUUAUUGAGGGAGACUUGGAACGCACAGAGGAGCGGGCCAAGCUGGCAGAGUCCCGUUGCCGAGAGAUGGAUGAGCAAAUCAGACUGAUGGACCAGAACCUGAAGUGUCUGAGUGCUGCUGAAGAAAAGUACUCUCAAAAAGAAGACAAAUAUGAGGAAGAGAUAAAGAUUCUUACCGAUAAACUCAAGGAGGCAGAGACACGUGCUGAGUUUGCUGAGAGAUCGGUAGCCAAGCUGGAAAAGACAAUUGACGAUUUGGAAGAUAAACUGAAAUGCACCAAAGAGGAGCACCUCUGUACACAAAGGAUGCUGGACCAGACUCUCCUUGACCUGAAUGAGAUGUAGAACACCCCAGUCCCGCC